CGGGGGCGGGACUAGGCUCGGCGGGGCGGAGCUGGGCGGGGCCUCCUGGGCCGGCGGCGGAGCCUCGCGAAGGUUCCAGAGGCGUCUCGUGCGGAGGGCGGGCUUUCGACUCGCGCCGGGUUCGUGUCGCCCGCUGCCGGCGCUGCGACGUUCGCGGGUGGCGUGUUCGGUUUCUCCUGCCUUCUCCGGUGCACCGCUGCAGCUCUGGCCUCGGGCCCGACCCGCCACACCAUGGCUUCCACUCUGGAGGAGUUGCAGAAAGACCUAGAAGAGGUCAAAGUAUUGUUGGAAAAGUCCAGUAGGAAAAGAGUACGAGAUACUCUCACAAGUGAAAAGUCCAAGAUUGAGAUGGAAAUAAAGAACAAGAUGCAGCAGAAGUCACAGAAGAAACAAGAACGUGACAAUGAAAAGCCAGCUGCUGUGGUUGCUCCUCUUACAACAGGGUACACCGUGAAAAUCAGUAAUUAUGGAUGGGACCAGUCUGAUAAGUUUGUGAAAAUCUACAUUACCUUAACUGGAGUUCAUCAGGUUCCCACUGAGAAUGUGCAGGUACACUUCACAGAGAGGUCAUUUGAUCUUUUGGUAAAAAAUCUCAAUGGCAAGAAUUACUCCAUGAUUGUGAACAAUCUUUUGAAACCCAUCUCUGUGGAAAGCAGUUCAAAAAAAGUCAAGACUGAUACAGUUAUUAUCCUAUGUAGAAAGAAAGCAGAAAACACACGAUGGGACUACUUAACUCAGGUGGAAAAAGAAUGCAAAGAGAAAGAAAAGCCUUCCUAUGACACUGAAGCAGAUCCUAGUGAGGGUUUAAUGAAUGUUCUAAAGAAAAUUUAUGAAGAUGGGGAUGAUGACAUGAAGCGAACCAUUAAUAAAGCAUGGGUGGAAUCCAGAGAGAAGCAAGCCAGAGAAGACACAGAAUUUUGAGACUUCUACGUCCUAAUGGGAACUGUGAUGUUGAAUGCUCAUGUUUCCAGUAAGGGAAUGUUGUUGAACUGCACAUCAAAUUUGACAGAUAACUUUACACAGUCUUCUAAGUAAAGACAGCAAAUUCUCCUUUUCUUACUGGAGGAUUUGAUUUAAAUAAUACGCUUAUUAUUUGAUUUAAAUAAUAUGCUUAUUCAUUAGCACCCCAGUCAUUUUGUUUAAGAAAAGGUUGUGACAUUCUUUCUGAAAUGUAAAAAAAAAAAAAAAAACCUUACAUAAUGAAAAUGUUACAUAUUUUUGUUCUGGCUGGAAGGUAGAAAACAAGUAUUUGCCUACUUGUAACUGACAUUAGCUCCUAGUAAUGUAAAAGAAAACCAAAGUUUUUGCAUAAAAUUCAAAUUUGUAUACAAACUUGCAAGUUACUAUAGAGCUGUUUUCCGUUAUUACCAGCUUAAGCGAUGUGUGUGCCAUGUAUUACCAUGUACUACUAAUUGACUUAAGUAUAUUUAUGAAUAUAAAGUUUAAACAAAAUACAAAUGAUAGAAAUAGACAAACAUCUUGUGUUGGUAAAUACUGCCGUGGAUCAGAUGGCUUAUAAAGAACCAUGAUGAGAAAAACUUGAAAAUCCAUCUAUUCCUUUGUUCAAUAAAGUUGGAGUUUUACUUAAAA